AUGGCUUCUACUACUUCCAUUAUGCGUGUGCUUUCCAAAACCGACUAUGACCAUCAAUAUUUUCUCGAAGUCGUCGAAGCAGACCUUGACUCCCUUGCCCAAUCUUCUGUCCGAGUCCGUACCACCUUGGUCUCUCUCACCUCGAACAACCUCGCGUACUGCGCGCUCGGUAGGGUACUCCAUUGGUGGGAUACGUACCCCGUUCCAAGCUUCGCCUCAGCACCAUACAACGACCGCCAAACGUACGGCAUCUCACCCGCCUGGGGCUAUGCAACGGUCCUGGAAAGUGACGUUUCGGAGAUUGCGUCUGGCGCCCUUCUCUGGGGCUUAUUUCCGCUCUCGACCUUCCCGGUAGACCUCCAACUCAAGAAAGCGCCAGGUACGCCUGGCCAUUGGCUCGAGACCAGCGCACAUCGUCAGACUUUGAUGUCUCUGUAUAACCGAUAUUUAGCGGUACCUGAGGGCGAGGCAUCGGCCCAGUUCGACCUCACGCGGGCCUGGACAUCCCUACUCCGACCCAUAUGGGAAGCCGGCUACCUGCUGAACCGCUUCGUGUACCAAUCCUCUCCGGCCGAUCCUCCUGUUCAUCCUUUCUCUGAGUCUGGGCUUCCGUGGUCUGCGCAGGACGCGGACAUCAGGUCUGCGAUACUCAUCAGUCUCGGCGCGUCGUCAAAGACUGGGCGGUCGUUCGCGCAGCAGGCUGCAACUAACCGCGCAGCCGGGAGUGGUCCAAAGCUACUUGUGGAAGUCAGCUCGGAGGGCGUGAGCGCGCUCGAUGGCUUGAAGGUCCCCUUUCCGUAUAGAGUCACCACGUAUGCGGACAUUGUAUCGGAGGACAGCCUAGCUUGCUUAGCGCGCCAGCAAGUGAGGAGAAUCAUCAUCAUCGAUUUCGGGAGCCGAGACAACAUACUAGAGAAGCUCGCCUUAAGGCUGAAAGAGCUGAGUCUACAGAGCAAUGCCCAGGUGGAAGUACUCGGGGUUGGAGGCGAAGCGAAAGUGUACUCAGCGGCUUCAAUGGAAGAGAGAAUGGAGAGAGCUGGACGGCUUGAGAGCAUCCAAUUCAACGCUUCUGGGGUCAAAGACAAGGCCAUGGAGCUUGUGGGCGAUGCUCGGUACUUCGCUGAGAUGCUGGCCGAGUUUGAGAGGGUGGUGAACAGCGAGUUGAAGAGGAACAAGGGGACGCAGAGGGAAGGGCAAGUGUUAGGGAUAGCAUUGAAGCGGCAGACUGGACUGAGGGGAGAUGGUGGAGUCGAAGGGACAUGGAUGAGACUGUGCAGGGGAGAAGUAGCGGGCGGAGAGGGAUUGGUCUUCACGCUCUGA